AUGGCGUCUCUAGGCGGUCCGACGCUUCUGACGACAGCUGAGCCGAGAAAACACUUUUCUCGGGCUUCUGCGUCAGUCGAAACCUUUGCUGGACCCGGCGCGUUCGUGCUGAAUGGCAGUGCCGUCAGAGAAGCAGCUGCAGGAUCCUGCAGGAUCCCAGCCGCGCUGGACCUUGAGCGAGAGUCUCGGGCCGCGUCCAACUCAGACGCGGCACCCCUCUCCCCAGGGUUGAGGUUGACGGAGAAUUCGUCCUCUUUAGUUCGAUCUUAUCGAGAGGCUUCCUCUCCUAGACCGGCAGAGGACGCCGCGAACAGCCACUUGCGCGACUUCGGGGCGGCGUCUGCAGUUCGCAUUCCAGGCCACGAAGACCGCCCCCGGUCCAGCCACCCCCUUCGGCGAAAAGCGACUCGGCCCCCAACGCCUCUGGGGAGACCCGACAGUGCCAGAGGGAUGCACACAGGCUUGGCAGACUCUCUGUCUUUCUCCACUUCCCACUGUUCGACGGCUCCGCCUGCUUCGCCAAGUCUCGCGGAACUCCCGGUCUUUCACCGUCUGCUUGCACAGACAGAGCAAGAGCACAGGAGGCGGCGGCAGGAGAAACAGCUGUCACACUGUCAGGCCUCUCGCGGCUCUCCCGCCACUCCGCCGGGAGAGGGGACACCUGUCUGCUCCCCGGAAUCAGGCAACAAUGCACGGGGGUCGAGUGCGGAUUCGUCCGCUUUCCUGAGAUCCCUUAUCUGGGCUGUCGCGGAGAAGGCCUCGCUGUCUCCAGCUUCCUUGAAAGCGCUCGACACACUUGACGACGAUGCUUCAGAGCCGGCGACGCUCAGGGAGUUCCCCGGCGCCCCCCGGGGAACUGCAGACCCGCCGUUUCUCCGGCACCCGUGUCGGCCGUUCUCGCAGGGAAGCACUGCAAGCUCCACAGGUCCCGCCGCGAGCGAUGUGUGGGGGGAGAAGCGACGAGACUUCGCCUUUGGUCAGGAGAACUCGCCGACUGACAGCAGGGUUUUUUCCAUCUCUUUCCGCAAGGAAAGUGGGGGCCGGGGCUCCAACAGCGACGUCGUGUCCAUCACGGCUGACUCUCCGGACGCUCGAACGCGUGAGGUCACCCUUGCAGCGAAAAGGGCAGGAGGUGAGCGAAGAACGCAGAGCGCUGUAGGCGGUGCUAGAGGAAAAGCUUUUUUUUCUCCCAGUUCGCCAGACACUGCGGCUUCAUGGGGUGCCUCUUCAGAGUUGUCGGCCCACGGGAGACCUCCCGACGAGGCUCACGAAAGUUGGCGUCUCUCCGACUCGCUCCCCGCUGUCGGGCUUGUCUCAGGUUCGACACCUCGGGUGUACAUACAACGGAACCGAGUCGACGAGUGGGCCUCCCACGAGGAGGCUCGCGUGUUUUUGGCGCAGACGACCGGCAGUCUCGCGCAGAGUUCGGCGGUGCAGAACCCCGUAAGCGCAUCCUUUUCCGGAAAAAUCGCUUUUGCCUCUCUCCCGUCUGCCCGUCCUCCCUUGCAGAAAUUUUGCUCCCGUUUUGGUGUAGGCGGAGACUCCCCGUCUUCCUAUGUCCACUUGCGAGUUGCGAGCUCCCGAAGCGCAGACGGAGUCGCCUGCGCAGCCGAGACCGCACCAGCCUCAUCUCCGCAUCGGCGCGCUUCCUCCUGGGUCGACGAAGAAGGGAAAGAGGCUGCGCGAGAUGGGGUGUUUGGACCGAGUUCCGGCCAGAAGACUUUUCUCCGACGCAGUCGUGAAGAAGGAGAGCAAAACCCGGCUUCGACUCUCCACGCUAUCCACCUUCUCUCGAACCGGCAGUCCGGAGGAGGCACGAGCUUUUCACCUUCGCACCACCUGGCAGUGUCUUCACCCUUCGGCCGGGAAAAAGACUUUGCUGCGGACAUGCUGCUGCGCCUCUCUCGCCUCUCGGAAGACGUCGACCGGCGCUGGCGACUCUCUUCUUGCGUAGAUGGUGAGGCGGCGCGAGAGGCGGGAGACGGCGGGCGGGGUGCCGUGCGGAGGCGCCGAGCUUCUCACGAAAACCGGGAGGACCCCCCGCUAUCUGUCUCGGCCUUGCGCACUUCCGACAGCUUCACGUCGCUCUCGAGAGUCAGAAGCGUCAAAACAGCAAACACCCUGUCCGCAUCUGCAGCCUCUUGGAGUCGCAGGAGCUCCUCUCCGCGAGACUCGCACUUGGACGUCUGGAACUCUUUCCGGGAUCCCCCUAGACAUGCGGUCCAAAGCGGAGGGACUUGCGAGCCAGCUGGCCUCUCUGCCACUUCUCUCUUUCCAGAUGCGGGGAGGGUAUCUGCGGCAGAUGGGUCUCCCAGAGAUGUCUCUGUGGAGGCCUCUUUUUCAGGAGGCGGUUCUUGCCCGAACUGCGUUUCUUCGUUGCCCUCAGCUCUUCGGGACUCGCACCUGGACGACUGGGUUUCGAUUCAAGUGCGUCCUGAGGCGUCGCCGUGGGCGUCUUCUCGCCGUUUGCCGCCCUCAACUGAUGCACCUGCAGCCUCGCUGCGCUCUUCUGCGCCGAAGGACCUCGAGCCUUCUCUCCUUCCAUCGGGAGACGGCACCUUCUCUUCUCGCGCGAGUCAGCUGGGGCGGAGGCAGAGUCCCCUGCACCAUGAGGGGGCCUCCUUCUUGCAGGCCUCUCUGCGGCAUGUCGCUCUCCAGACAGAACCCGCCACAACUGCAGAGGAGCCGUUGUCUGCCGAGGACUGGAGCGCCUCUUUCCGCGGGCAGGACUGUGCUGCUGGAAGGGUGAUCAUGUCGAUGAAAGCUACGGAGACAAACGAGCACAGUGCGGAAGCUUCUCGGCGCAUUCGCAGCGCCGGAGACGGACGAGUUGCUUCCAUUGAAGGCCUUGCAGAGGCCCCAGAGGCGCGGCACUUCAGGAGGGCCUCCACGGACUCACGGGCGCAAGGCGGCAACCUCUACAAAGAAGAGAGAGGGCGCCAUGGCUUCACCUUCUUGGAGGCGGCGUGCCCUGGUGCAGCGGAGGGGACAAGCAAAGAGGAAGCUGAAGGCCCGGACACCUCCAGGGUGUAUGUACACCCCGCACGCCCUGGGGACGUGCGGUCCGCGCCGGAGCUCGAGACGCGUUCAGGCCCCGUACGACAGGUUCAUGGAGAGGAGAACUUUGGCGAACAGCACACUUCUCUUUUCGUGAGUUCCGGGGCGCCGCUUCCAGAGAAGAUCGUUCUGCUUCCCCGUCAACUCGAGACACUCCGCGAAGAGCAGAAGGCGAUCCAGCGCCGCCAGGAACAGCGGCGCGAGCAGCAGGCGCUGCAGGCUCGGAAGAUGCAGGAAAUCCAGAGACAGCAACUGGCUCUCCAGGCACUCAUGUCGCGUGUGCGUCUCGAAAGUCAGCCCUUGAAAGCUCAACCAGCAUUUCUUUCAGAAGUGCGCGCGGCGCCUCCUGAAGAGAACAGCGACUUCCAUAACCUUCCCCACUCUCCACAGGUUCCUUCCGCGGUGUCUGUACAGCUGGAGGCGGCGCUCAGGAAAAGCAUCGCAACAUCGAACGCAGAGACGGGAACGCACUCUCGUGAAGUUGGAGAGGAGGCUCUGAAGGUAUGCCUCCACGACGCGGUGCGUCUGCAUAUCUCUGGGGAAGGAUUGUCUCCUCUGUCCUUCGCUAACGGGCGGAACCUCGAACUCGAGGAGCCCCGAACGACGUUGCUUUCUGGGAACCUCGCCCGCGACCGCCGCACCUGGAUGCAAGCCGAAGAAGUCACGAAACGUGGGCUCUCUGUGCCGACGGGAGGGGAGCUGCGCCGCCGGAAGAGAGCCCAGGUGUCUCGACAGCUGACGACCUCGCCGGCAGAGAUGCUGCGGUCACUCUCACUCUCCGUGCGACCCGACAGGAGAGACGAGGAGCGCGAUUUCAACGUGGCGGAGGGCGAGAGAGGAGAAGGUCUGCGAGUGGGCCGAGUCGGCGGGAGAGCCGUGCAGCCCGCGGCGCUGCAUGCAGAAACACCAGGUGCCCCCAGCAUUACUUCUAUAAAGAGAGAGAACAGUUUUGCGGCUACGAGAUCGGCUGCUGAGGUGAGGGAGAUCAAGAGAGAGGGGCCGGUCUCCAUUCGACGUGGGGAGCCUGUCUGCGCGAUCUGCCAGCAGAAACUGCAGGUUCCAGCGGACGCUCAAGAGACUCGCGAAGGUUGCACGGAUCCGGGAAGAGCGACACGACGCGAGGGCGAGGAUCUGAAGAAGCAGGUUUCAGAGGGCCUCCGUUAUGCUACGAAGAACGCAGAACUCGAGUCUGCUUCUGUGGAUGCCGCCGUUUCUUCCACCCCGCAGCCUCGUCCUCUGCCGGCUGUCUCUCCACUCGCGCCGAGUCCACGACCGGCGUCGCCGCCGCCUCGAGGUCCCCGUCUGGGGCUCUUCUCUUCAAAAUUCUGCGUCGUGAAUCAUUUGCGUGGAAAGGACGAGGAAGGAGAAGGGUCGAAAGGGAAGCAGUUUCCUCAAGGGCGAAGAUCUGGGGGGUCAGGAGGAGGCGAGGUGGGCAGCAAAGAGAUCCUGGACGCGCGAGGAGCGAGAAACGCCCUGAACAUAUCCUCUGGCGGUUCUGGGAGAGAGAGGAGAGACACGCGAGGAGCGAUAAAGACGUCGACGAUCUGCAAAAGUUGCUCGGGGCUUGCCAAGCAAAGACUGCUGGUUUCGAACCCUUCUUCGAAUUCGACUCUCGGUCCCAGUUCGCAGCUGAGUUUCCGUCCGCUCGAUUCGUCUGUCUGUUCUCUCUCUUCCUCUUCGUCUGCCGUGCUGGGUUUGGUCGAAGACACUCUUCCUCCAGCCUCAGGAGCAGACUGUGUUGAGUCGGUGAAAGAACGAGCUGCGGCGGAGCGUGUGGCUGAUCUCACUGCGCAUCUGUUGUCUUCUGUGGACUCCACGGAAACGCGGUGUUCGAGCCUCCUUUCUUCGCUUCCACCCUUGGCGCUCUCGCUGCUUUCAUCUCUCCACGCUCCCGGCUCUGCUCGCCUCUCUGGCCUUCUCCAACACCUUCUUCCCCCGUGUACAGACACCUGUGGAGGCGACGGGGACUUUCGCGGCAAGGCGCGAGAGAAGAAGGGCGGCCUCUCAUCGUCUGCGCUGCCAGGACAGAAAAAGGCAGAAUACAGCGGACAGGAAGUGUCUCCUUUUCCUCCGGAGAAAAGAUCAGAACGCAGGAAAGCGGGGCGACCGACAGCCUCUUCGCGGCCGCUGCUCCAGUCGACGCCGAGCGACGUCCUGCCGCUGCUGUGGACGGCGUGUGGGGAGAGAACGGAAACAAAGGGCAGCAAGGAAAGAGGGGAACUCUGUUCUUGCAAUCGCGGGGCAUAUGCGCUGGCGGAUGGGUCGGCGGAAGGCUUCUCUGUUCACCAUCGAGCGACGACGCGCGAGGUCAAAAAAGAAGACGAACGGACGGGGCAGAAAGAGCAGAGCGAAGGAGCGCGAAAUGCGAACGGGGAGACCAAGGGACUUUCGAGAGAGGAAAUAAACAGCUGGGAGAAGUUCUUCGAUGGCGAACGGCCCCUGACGCUCUCAGCCUUGGACGUGUCAUCGUGGGCGCAGCCUUCAAAGUCGGGGAAGAAGAAAAACCCCGCCUCGUGGCAGGCUUCUUUCGAUGAGGCAGGCGUUAAAAAGCUUGAGAGGAGUCAGCAGGCUGCAGAAAAACGGCACAAACGGGAAGAAAAGGAGAAAUCCGCGAAGGAGCGCAGCGGCGGCGUCUCUUCGUCGUUGCUGGCGCUCGCCGAGGCUCCACGCGACGCGCGAAAGGCCAUGUGUCAGGUGUACAGGCAGCUGCUGGAGGUGCUCGUGGAGCGGCUGAAGCAGAGAGAAGCGUCGGGGACGAAUCUCUCGACUGGAGAGGCCACAGAAGGCCACGACACGCAGGAAGAAGCGGACAAGACUCGCGCAGCGCAGCAAAAAAAGGGAAAGGCUCGCGGACCAGACCGGGCCUUGCUCGCCGAACUUCUGCCGCUCCUGCUGCUUCUCAGUCACGAAGCGUUGCGGUCGGACAUUCCGAGCGAGAACGACCGGCCAAAAUCAGACGCCGAGGAGAGGCAGAAGUCGACGAGCGAGGUGGCUGCACAAGUGCGCGGGCGAGAAAGCAAGAGGUCGGAAGGAGAGCGGAGAGGAAACUCGAAAGAAGAGAGAGCCGACAGGCGUCGCGGGGUCUCCAGACGCGAGAAGAAGGACUUUUUUCCUAUGCCGGCCUCCAACGGACUCGCUCACAACCGGCCGGAGAAACGAAACCCCGACAGGAAGAGCACGCACAUCAAGCCAAGCAGUCCCUGUGGGGUGGAGAGACAACGGAAACGGGAAGAGAGGAAGAACGGCGAAGGGAAGGACGCGAGUGCUGCGGCGAGAGAGAGGAAACCGGUUGUCACCAACAACGACUUUGAUUUCCGCCCAGAAGAGCCGCGAGGAAGAACCUCCCGCGACAAGUCCUUCAGACGCGAAAGAUCCUACGGGCAGAACAAAGAUGAAGUGUACUUACACCGCGAGCGACGGGACAGCAGCAGCGCGAUCGAGGGCCGGGAGCCACGCCGCCGUCGUAGCGCCAUGGCGACAGGUGGACCCGGGGUGCCGAUUUCGCUCGAGAGUAAAGAGGAGAGACACUCGAGGGCAGCGAACAAGUCCUCGAGGUGUGCAGACACCUGGACGAAGCCUGCGAAGACACGUAGUGCGUCGAAGCUGAGAGACGAAGAGAGCGUUGAACAGAGCGCAGAUUCUCACUUGAAAAGUCCAUUGUGGAGCCGAGCAAGCUCUCGAGUCCCUGUGCAAGCGGUCCUUCCGGAACCGCUUGUCCGUCUCCCUCUACCCCCGGGGGACGUUGUCGACGGUUUUUCUCUGCAGGGAGCCACAGGCGAAGGCGCGCUGAGGGGAGACUUGUUUCGACACAGCCAUCUUUUUGAGGAAGCGUUGAGAAGGAAGGACAGGGACGAGAAGAGAAAGAAGGCCGCAAUUAGGUCGAAGGAUCUCGUCGACGUGGACAAGGUUGCGCGUGGGGAAGCGGAGGGCGGAGGUGGCGCGACAGCCAAGGUUCCCUUGACUGCUGUAGAGACAGCUGAGGAUUCUUCGUGGAAGGACGGGAAAGAAAAACAUAGCCUCGGAAACACCGGGCGUCGAGCGCCCUCGAGACAACUCAGCACAGGCCAUUUGACGGAGGAAUGCAGGAACGAGAAAGGACAGAGACAGUCGCGAGCUGCAAACUCUCGGGUCGUCUGGAAGUCGAGAGAAGGGCCGGAGAAACGCGGGGCUUCACCGAAGAACGGAGGCAGCGAAGAGCGGACGACGGAGUCGGGUACUUCGCGUUCUUCUCACACUCGGGCCUCAAGCCCCCCCCAGGAGUUUGAGGAGAGUUUGUGGAGUCGAAGUUCGGAAAAAACAGCGUGGACCGGCAGAUCGAGAGGUCGUCGGUCCCCCUUAGCUUCCUCUCUCGAACGCAAGAGAGGGUUUCUGAUGCCGCCGUGCCCGGGCGGAUAUUCGAGCAGCUCUGCGAAUUGUCAGGGCUCCUUCGUGUCUUCUCCAGAAAAGAGCGACAGGAAGAGCCUCCGCGAAGAGAGAAGAGGACCUCGGGACGUGGAGCCUGACAUCUCCCGCGAUAUCGGGGCUUCCGGGUCCGAGGACGGGGCGCGGUCACGGGGGGCGUCGGGCGCCUCUCCAGCUCGGAGACAUGCGGACAGGAAGAACAGACGUCGAGAACGAUCGAAAAAGAAAGAAGACGGUAGACUUCUGCUUGAUCUGCUGGACUCCAUUCAGCUCUUCGUCGACGCAGAAACUGCGAAACGCGCCGAGACACAUGCCGCCUUGCCCCCUCGAGACCCCGCGGAUCUUCAGGGCGAAAAGAGGAAGGGAAAAGAGCAAAGGGAGCGAUCGGCGGCCACGAGAGAGACAACAGAGUUCACAGGGGCGGCUCUGUGGCUGGCGGACGAGGGUGCAGACAGGUUGGAGACUGCAUGCAUCGGCGGAAGGUCCUCUGCACCGCUCGAGAAGAGAGCGACGGGGUGUCGCACACGUCCCAGGAUAGAGGAGACACGAGAGAAAUCAGAGGGAAGAGAACUGGGGAACGCGUCAGGCGAGACUGCUGCGUCUGAGCGUUGUGCUCUCAAGAAAUCUUUCGCUCAGGACGCGUUCUUCGCGAAUGGAGAGAAGAAAUCUCUCGGACUCAAGAGCAGCGGUGCCCCGGCGCAUGCGAUGCCAGCCGAGGCCAAGCCGCCCCCCCCGUCCCAAGAAGAAUGGACAGAGAGUGAACGGAAGGUGGAGGCGUUUUUGCAGACGCGCAUGCGUCACGGUCGCGCGUGUGGGCUUUUUCCAGACCCUCCGCAUGCGGCGGAACACCCUCAGGUCUUUCCCUCGAGCGCGAGCUCCACCUGGUGGAAGGAGACGCCGGCGCCAUGUCAGCUGUCCUCUCAGGAGGCCUCUCUUGUGCUGCGAGGGAAGGUGACAGCGGGGAAGCUGAGCAGAAGAAGCGCGGAAAACAAGGUGCAGAGACCCCCCGAACGACCUCACAGGGGGGGAGUUGCGGGAGAGGAACUCGCUCAAAGUCGCGGCGAGGAGAACGAAGGAGAACCGCCAAAAGCCACAGAUGAGAAGGAGACACUCAGUAGUCAGGACAGAGCCGCGACUCGCCUCGCGCCCGACUUUGGCAUCGGGUUCAGGGAACUCGUUCUGCAAGACAGCGAGGCCGACGGAGGCGAGCGAGAGAGUCGCAGAAGCAGCGCAGGGGGCUUGUCAGAGUUCUUCACUCCUCUCUCGGCCUCUGCUUCUUCCUUCGCAGGAGUGGAGGCGACGCCGCACCUGAAACGCGAUCUCCGAAACUCUGUGCCUCACGCAUCCUGUCUUCGAAAGAAUUCGCCGUCUGUCGCCCUCGUAGCCCGAGAGCUCCCCGCCUUGAGUGUCUCCGAGGGACAGCAGAGAAAGCUCAGAGCCCGUGACAACGGAAACAAGAAAGGAGAAGGUCUGUGGGUAAAGGCCGGAAGCGAGACUUCCCUCGCGAGUCGCCUCGGCUCAUCUUUCCCAGGGCCAAAAGCCGUGGGGCUUGGGCGCAGCCAGUCAGACGCCCAGGCCCUCCAGAGGUGCCUGUCCUAUCUAAGACGAUUGGAGGGCGCGUCCAGAGAGUGUUUAGCUCGACCUUCGGAGUCGAGCUUGGAGUCCAGCAGUGAGGAAUCGGCGUCGCCUGCCAGCAACGGAGACAGAGUCGACACACACACAUAUCGCUACACCGGUGUGCCGCGUUUCCCUUCUGCCUCAUCCCCCCACGAGACUGCUUCGAAGACAGCGAAGGCUGCAACUCCUGUACGACCAAGGCCACCGGCUUCGACGGCGAAUAGAGACCUCGCGGGCUCUAAAAAAGAGUCCGGAGUUGUCGCUGAGGACCCGGACGGGAAGGACCGGAGGCUGGAUGGCGGAGAUGCGCAGCGGUCUCGACAUUGGAAGAAAGGUCGGGUCGCGAGUGGCGCCGAGACCGGUGAACAGCGACUUUGGACUCUCGAAGGUAGUCGGGCAUAUAGCGAAGCAAGAGAGGAAGGAAAACUUUGCAAACCCAAAGGAGGUCUAGGGUUUUCGGCGACUUUGGCGCGAAGAAAUGCUUCGAAGAUUGGGGGCUUGAACGCGUUCAGAGCCGAUCUUUUGGAGAGAGAAGACGGGCCCUCAGGCGACUCUGGAGAUGACGCUGAGCUUCGAAAGCGGCUUUCGAACUCUUCGAGCUCGUCUUUCCCAUACGCUGUCUUACGGUCUUGGGCACCCACAGACGCUGCAGAGUAGUGGAGGCGUGACGCGGGAGGCUAUAUCUGCACUUGGAGUCAGGGGAACAAAAUUGGAACACUGUGGAAUGCUUUUCACGCCGCUAUAUCUUGAGCCUGUGUGUGCCUAUCGCAGUCGUGGGCAAACUGGACUGGCUGCUAUUCUGAAAACCGGUCGGGGCCUUGAGAACUUUUACACUCCAGACGGCGUUUGUCGAGCCCCUUCUGUCAACCCAGUCUACCCGCGUUCGCGUGUUUGCGUGGUUCCCGCAUUUCAGCUCUGCGGCUGCGUAUGUUUUUUUCCUGGUUCAGCUUGUCAAGAAGUUGUCUCCGUUCUCAGCGGAUGGGCGUGUGUGGGUGUUUCGUUUGUCUGCCCGACAUCUUGAACAGUGGGACGGAAAUUAACAAAGGUUCAUGUCUGACGCUCUGAAACGGAGCUCUCUGUCGUUCAGAUCAGAAGCGUGUAGUGAAACAGCCUCAUGGCUUCAGGUGAAUCGGCAACCAGUGCGCGGGAAUGUGAACUCUGCACUCAC